ACUUGUGCAAUUUGCUUUGACAUUUGACAAAAAAGAUGAAACUGAAUUGACACGAACGAAAAUAUCUCAGAAUUUAUAGUUGUCCUUCUAGUCCAGUUUUCCUCCCCUCAAAAAAAGACAAUUCGAAUUCUGAGGACAACACCAAAACGAACAUGUCUUCAAGUCUGUCCUCGCGAUUGAAGCACCCCAAGAAGCAUGAAUUGGUCAAGUCGCACAGUCAGGCUCAAAUUUUGGCCAAUAAAUUGAGGCAGGACGGGCUUAUGUCCACAGUUGAAGAUGUUCUUCAAGCUGUUGAUCAAGUUGCAGCUCUACUGUCCUCAAAUAUUGCAGACAGUAAACUUUCGUAUAAAGAUAGCGUUAUAAAUUUAUGCCAACAUCUGAAGGUUUAUGGUAUGUAUCUGGAGAUAUUAUUCAAGGAGCAGCUAGAUCAUGCUUUCAAAAUAUUCAGGGAUAAAGCGCAGGACGACAUACAAGUUGACAUGCUUUCACGAUUACAUUUACUCGAACUUAUCGAAUUACGAGCCAAAGGCUGGAAAGGGACUGAUGGGAUGAACCUUUAUUAUAGAAGAAAAAUUAAUCAAUUUGGAAAUUCACAGGUAGAUAUGUCUGAGUCUAUAUCUAGUUUGAAUGAAUCUCUUAGCUCAAUGGUGAUUUCAUCGUCUCCACCCCUUUUGGGACCUGGAGAGGUAAUCAAGCCGUCUGGCAAAUUUGCCAAACCUACCAGGAUACCUGGUAAGAAAUACUGCAAGGACGAAGUUGUCAUCCGAAACGCAGAUUCUGGAAAAGUUAUGGGUAUCAAGGGAAGGCGAGUUCAUAUGAUCGAGGAGCUUAGUGAGACGAUCAUAUCCUUUCAGAGAGUAAACCCUGGUGCAAAGGAGAGACUCGUCCAAAUAACCGGUGCCAACGAGGAGAGCAUAAAUCAUGCCAAGCAGCUCAUCGAAGAUACCAUCCGGAGGAAUGCGUCCCCUGUGAGAGACCCUGUGCUAUCUUCCAGCGGGGGUCCGUUGACCGGAUCCAGUUCUAGCAUCAAUUCAUCCGCGUCUGAUGACAGCGCCCUACCGGGCUCCGCUAGGGCUUCACGUGCUUUGAUGCACAGUCUGAGCACUAAUGAUGCCAACAUUGGGGAGUACAAGUACACUGUUAUAACGAAAGGGUGUACCAUCAGGAUCACAGGGGAUAAUCUGGAUUUGGUUAGGACUAGCAAACUUGUUUUGGACGAAUACUUCUCAGGGGAGCCCAUACACGAUGUCACACAAUUCUACAGCUUUGAUAGCCUCCCUCAGCCCAUUUUAUCGGAAGAAUUUCCUACCACGCCUCUUUCUCCGCCAGAUUCUCUACCAUCUCCGGACUUAGUUAUGAAUGGAGAGACCGAAGAAGCAGAUAAGGUGAAAUUGCGAAAACCCCGACUAUCGAUAGAAGAAAUCAUGCGAGGUAAUUCAUCUUAUGAGGAAAAAUUGAAAUCUCCGCCUCCAGCGCAACCUAAACCUUUGAAAUAUUCCAUCGAGUAUUUGGCACACUUGGCCAUGUCUCCGUUGUGUCUGGCAAAGCCAAAUGAUUGGGACAGGAUCUCGGAAGAGUAUCCGCAACUAAAGAAAAAUGUCGUUGAAUAUUUCGACGCCAAGCACUACCUUUCGGCUCGUACAACAGAGCCAUCUGGAGUGUUGAGUGCCGAUGUACUCGACCCUAGUGAAGUUUGACACAAGAA